AUGAGUGUUCCUCGAGUACCUCCACAGUCCUCCCUUCCUUUAACAUGUCCAGAAUCACUGCAGCGAGCGCCUUCGCCUGUGCUCUUUCCAGAAAAUGUGCCAGGAGCUGGGAAACAUAACACUGAACACGAUGGCAUGUUCACAAACAAGCAAAGGAACUUCCGAACAGAUCUGUCUCCUGAUGAUGUGAAACUUGUUAAUGAACUUGGUCGCCUUACACCAGAUCAGCUAGCUGAGUAUAUCAAAAAUGUCCAAAACACCGCUUACAGUCUUGGGAUCGAUGAAGGUUUGAUAGAUAAACAAUCUUACUGA